AAUUGUUAUUGUUUCUUGUCCUAGCCGGCCGUAAUUUAUUAGCUGUUCAGAGUUUUCUCUUGGAAUUAAGCUAUUUUAUCCAAUUUUGAUUUGUUCGACUAGAACUAUAGAAUGAAAAUAUCAUUCUUAAUGUAUAUACCACCUACAACAUGAAAAAGACUAGAUUUUUGUGGAUUCGUGAUUUACCUGCAAAAUGUAAAGAUGCAGAUUUGCGAAAUGUUCUUGAAAGGCAUGGUGGUGGAUCAAUUCAAAAAAUUCGAUUAUUUAAAGAAGGUCAUAUGCGUCAUGCUAUAGUGACGUUUGUGGAUAUUAAGUCAGCUGCAGCAGUUAUUAAUACAGAGAAUAAAAUUAAUGAUUCAUUAUUAAAAAUGGAAUAUUGUAGUUCAGCUGAUACAACAAUAGGAAUUAUAAAUCAUAAAAAUAUCAAUUCACAUCGUAAUAAUACAGAAAUUACAAAUCAAUUGCCGACAUUUAAUAAUAAUAAUAAUAAUAAUAACAGUAAUCAUAAUAAUUCGGAUCGUAAAACAGAAAAGGAGUUGAAUACUAACGCUCUUCAUAAAGGAUCAAAUGAUUCACAUCAUUCACUUCCUAACAAUGAUCAACUGGGAAGAGGACCACUGAUAUUUAAACGUACAACUAACAACAACACUUCAUCAAAUAUUGUUAACAAUGUUCAGAUGUUCAGUCAAGUAUUACGUCCAGUUCAAAGUUCCACAUUAACAACACGUAUGUCAAAUUCCUAUCGUGGUUUAAAAAUUAGCGAUCUCCCACCUCCAAGUAAAUUAUCUGACGCUCAUUUAAGACAAAGUUUAUUUACUGAAUUUCGACGAUGUGGUCGUAUCCAAUCAGUGGUUCUACCUCCAACAAAUAAUGGUUCAACAAAUACAACUAGGUUAGCAAUUGUAACAUUUCGACGUGCAGAAGAGGCCGAAUGUGCUUAUCAAGCAAUUCAAGGUGGUGCUAAAAUUCUAUUCUCUACUCCUGUUUCAGUUGAAUUACAUCCAGGGUCAAAUGUCAAUGAUGAACUUUCUCUAAAACGUUCUUCAACUUCAAGUACAUUGAUUGGAAACACUACUAAGCCGAGUAGUAAUAAUAGUAGUGGUAGUAGUAAUAGUAAUAAUAGUGACACAUUGAUGAAUUCACUGUCUACUUCUACUACCACUACUACUACAACACAAUCUGGACUAAAUAAAACUGUUAACUCUCAUUCAACUGAUGGUCAUUUAUCAAAUAACAGUCAAACAAUAACAACAGUAAAUAAAUCACCAACACGAACACUGCAUGUUGCUGGUCUUACUGUUGGACCUACUGGACCUGUUACAUCUGAACAACUGACGACGGCGUUUCGUAAAUUUGGUGAUAUCAUAAAUGUUCAACUUAAACCUAGUUCUAGUUCAGCUCUUAUUCAAUUCGCUGAAAUGCGUGGUCCCAUUCGCGCAAUGAAUGCUCAUGCUCGUGAACCGCUUCGUUUAGGUGGUCGACCACUCUCACUUGCUUAUACACCAAGUACACCGACAACUAGUUUAUGGAUAUCAGACCUACCACCUUCAUUGGCUAAUUUGACAGAUGAAGAAUUAUUACAUACGUUAUCACAAAUUGCUCCCAUUCAAGAAAUUGCACUUAUCAAUCGUACUGAUCAAAGUACACGUAAUCAAUCUACUCCGUUGAUUUCUACAUCUCCACCUCAUUGUGCAGCUUAUAUAAAAUUAAAUUCAACUGAACAUGCAAUUCGUCUAUUAACUGAAUUACGCUGUUCCAAACGUUAUUCAUCUCCUACACCACCGAUCACUACUACAGCUUCAUCAACAACAGGAAUUACAAUAACUGGUCAGAAUGUAAAAACUUCAACACGACGUCCUAUAGCAGUUGAUUUUGCUAGUCCUAGACAAUCAAGUAUUGUCACUAAUCUACAGUUAAAUGCGUCAAGAUCAUCUUUAAAUUCUCAUCGUGUUCGAAUUAUUUCAUCAUCCAACACUGUGGAUCGAUGGGAUUCAUCAAAUAAAACCAGUAAUUUUCAACCACCUACCGCUUCUACAGCAAUCACGACAUUGACUUCGAAAUCAACUGAUUGCAAUAGUCGUAAUUCUUCUCCCGGUUCCGUAUACCCUCUCACUGUUCACUCAGCAUUGAAUACUAACACUAAGACUUCAUAUCGAACGUCAACGCAAACAUUAACACAUCACACCUCUGGACUAGCCUCUAAUCAUAAUAAUCAAAAAAACAAUUUGCUUAGUCAUCCUUUGACAGAUGUCAAUAAAGAAGUUAACGAGGUGAAGAAUAGUAGUAAUUUGUUUAUAGAAAAACAGUCUGAAAUAAUUUCAAGGGAAUGUUCCAAUCGAAAGUCAUCACGUUUAAAAUCUACUAAUCAAUCGAAUCAAUUAUCAGAUCGUACUUAUCACCAUCGGUUAAAACGAUCACAUGACAGUAGCCCGAGUAGCUUUAGUACCAGUAGCAGUAGUAGUAGUAGUAGCAGUACAAGUGUGAGUAGUGAUAGUACUAGCAGUAGUAGUAUUAGUAGUACAUCAAUAUCAUCCUCAGGAAGCUCUAUAAGUGCUUCAUCUGGAACAUCUUCUAAAUGUACUGGUUCAUCAAGUCGUCUUACCAAGGCUCCGUCUAUAAAAAGUAACCAUAAAUCAAAGUCCAUCGAUGCACAUGACAACAAACGUUCAGAUAAACUAUCGGAACGCAGUUCAUCCUCAAAUUGCGGUCAAUUAAAAGUUCAUAAAUCUCUAAGUACUGGAAAACUCAAAGAAAAUAAGUCCUGUAGAAAAACUGAUUCGUCACACUCGUCAAACACACAAAGUUCAAAGUCUGCUGAUUCAUAUUCAUCGUGGCUAGCAGAUACACCAUCUGAUUCGUCUUUUGUUCAACAACCUCUAAGAGUUAUGACAGUCAAUUCAUCUGUUUUAUCACCUAUUCGUAGUUCGGCCGCUAGUAGCGGUGGCCUCUCUAGUCCUGGAGGAUCUUCCUCUUCCAUCAUAGGAAAUAAUAAUAUCCGACGAACGCCGAAUAAUGGGUGUGAAACUCUACCUAACGGUUGUCAGUCCGAAUUUAUUGGUCCAGUACCUAAUCAUCAUUCGUCUUUGAGAUUAUCGGCAUCCGCACAACCACUCACUCAUACGCCUACAGUUUUAACUAUGAGCGAGUUUAGAGUUAGUCCAACGCCAACAGCUUGCUCUGUCAGUGCCAGCAGUGGAGUAAGCAGUGGUGGUCCUAGUUUCAGCAGUACAAAUAGUAGUGGAGGAGGCAGCACUGGUAGUAGCCCAUUAACAAGCAAUAAUUCAACAACGAAUCACUUUCAAUCUGUAGUCGUCUCCAAAUCUAACUCCAAUAGCCAAAUUAAAGUUACUUCGUCAUCUCCUUCAUUGAAACGCAAUGUUUCACAAUCCAAUGGUAAUGAUAAUUCUCACUGUGGGAAUACAAAUAAAUCGCGAACAUUCAGUGACUCUCCUUCAAGCUUAAAACUUCAUUUAUCUUCUAACCCUGCAUUGGCUUCAUCCUCCCCAGGUUCAAAUAGUCCCUCAUGUACUUCAUCUACAACACCGUUAACGGUUUCAAUAAAACUUACUGGUAUUAAUCGAUCGUCGCAGCCUAGUAAUUUAAUUUCUCCUUGUAGUCUUUCCGAAAAUACUGAGUUGUUUAUGUCAAACCACGAUAAACAAAGUAAUGAUUCACUGCCCUUAACUCCAGUUUCAGCUCCUCCGCUUAGAUGUAAAACAUCUCGACAUACAUCUAUUGAUCCUAGACGUUGUAAUAUCGGAGUAGAAGCACCAACUGUUGGUGGAGCCACCAAUGAUAUUACAGAUUGGUGGAGUAGCGGAUCACCUGUCUAUGAGUCGAUGUAUGAUAAAAUUAAGCGUCGUACAAAUAAAGAAGCUGAAGAACGACGUCAACGACAACUUGAAAGUUUUUCUACCAGAGAGAAAAAUAGUAAGAAACAAAGAAAGAAAGAACAAUCAAACAAGUCUCCACCACAAUCCAAUAUUAAUAACAAUGUUCCCAUUUCUUCUCCAGAUUCGUUUAGUAAUGAGCAAUGUGGUAAAAUUAAUAACACAUUUUCAUUAAGCGGAAAAUCACAUCAUUCUAUUAAUUCAAAAUGUAAAUUAGAUGCUAACCGUUCGUCUAACAAGAAGCAUAGUAAUCGUCAAAAAAGUGACACUGUUUCAAUGCAUUCUUUUCUCAGCGAUAGUAGUCAUCUAUCUCAAUGGCACUCAACUCAUAUACAUACUGAUAAAAUUUGCAACGAUACAAGUGGGUCACAUCUUUUUUCACGAAGAAUGUCCAGAAAUUUAAACUCGAGAAAUAAACGUCGUCGAAGUAUUGUCAGCUCUUUAUCAUCUUCAUUAUCAAGCGAAGGUGAAUGUCACUCGAAUUCUCCACCGGAAACUUUAACUCGAUUAAGUUUGGGCAUGCGAUUCCCGGUCUCCGCUACUUAUCAUGAGUGUAUUCGACCAAAUAAACCUUCCACUGCUGCCUCCGCUGCUGCAGUUUCAAACCGUAAAUGGUCAAAUCACCACCUUAGUGAUAAUGAUGAUGAUGGUGGCGAAGAUGACGAUGAUGAUGCUUUAAGUCAGUUAAGUUCAUCUUUAUCAUGUUCAACUAAUGAUAGUAAACUAGAUCCAUCAAAUUUAACAAAACGAAAACUUCAUUUUUCAACAAACAAGUUGAAUCAGUUGAAAAAUACAAAUUUCUCAAGUUUUAAUUCUUCUAAUCCAUUCAGUCGUAAUAAUAAUAAUAAUAAUUAUGAUAUAGAUCAUCACCGAUCUGGUGAACCGAACAAAAAGUCCAUUAGUCUUUCAACUGCAUUAGAAUGGAAAGAUACCGGGAAAAAAUCAAAAUCACACAAUAAACAAAAUAAUAAAUGUUCCAAACAAUUACCUUCGACCAAUGAUAAUGAUAGACAUAAGUCUUCAGAAAAAUUAUCAUUUGUUAAUAGUGGUUUGCUUAAAAGGCAACGUAAUGAAGUUCUUUCACCAAGACCCACAACUACCGAUCUACAUCCUAAUAAACGUAAAAGAGUUUUAACUACACUACAAAAAAAUAUUGGUGAAAAUGAUUGUUCUAACCAAAUCUAUAAUCAUACAAAUCAUCAUCGACAUUUCACCUCACCGAAACACCAUCAUUCAACUUAUCGAAAACAACAUAUUCACAGUCCAAAGCCGUACUUUUCUGAUGAUGGCACCAUAUUAGAUUCUGAAGCAGAAGAUGUGAAAGGCAGCUUUAUAAGUUGUUCUGAUUCAGUAUCUCACACUACUGGUACAAGUGAUCAUCAUAGUAUGAAAGAUUCUUAUCUUCAUCAUAGAGGAGAUAGACAAAUGUCAUCUCCUGUACAUAGUGAGACUGAUGAAUCCAAUGUAUUCGGUUUAGAUUCACAUAUUCACAGUCCUAAUUCUAGCCGUUGCCAUUCAGACUACAUUAGUAGAAAACAAAAAAAGUGUUUGAGUAAUUUGUGCACCAUGAAUACCACUACUGCUAGUACUCUUCAAUCUAGAGAUGCAGAUGGAGAUUCCGCAUUUGAUGCUCUCCUGGAUUCAGACCGUUUUUCUGCCAAUUCCAAAUCUACUAUAUCUACUGAGCCGAUGGAACAAUGUGAACUUGAUGAAGAUGAUGAUGACGAUGCAAAUAGUCCAUGCUUGAAAUUCACUGAUGGUGAAGAUGAUGAUGAGUGGCGUUCUGGUAUAGCAUCAAGUUCACCGAAUCCAGUUCAUUUAGAAUUUGAUGAUGGUGACGAUGAUGAUGACGACGACGAUGAGGGUUGUGAAUUGCUAGAUAGUAAACCUGAACCAAAUACUGUUACUUAUCAAUCUGAUUCAUUUGUAGAAAAAUUGUCGAAUUCCAUUAUGGAGUCUUCAGAUGAAGAGAAACCUCAAGAUACUACUUUAAGGCUACAAUCUUCUAUCAGUAUGAAUAAUCAGCAUUCUUUAUCUUCUUGUUCAUCAUGUGGUACAGGUGAAAAGAAAGUUGAUAGUAGUUUUAAUGUAUCUAUUAAUGAUAACGAUAAUGAUAAUCACGACAAAUUAAAUCGAUGUGAUUCACCCACAUUGUCGAACAAAAUGUCUCCAACUGGUGGAGAUCAACACCUCCACUCUGAUGAACAACUAUCAAUCAAGCCAGAAACAACAAACAAGCAACCGUUGAGUUCUGUCAUGAUUGAAGAAAUUUCAAUCAAAGUUCCUUCUCCAAAUCCAACUGAAUCAAAAUCUAAUAAAGCAGAAAACUGCUCUCCUCCUCUCUUACAGACUAUUGUUGUUUCUCAGUAUUCUACUGUUCAUAGUUUUGAAAGCAAUAAUGUACCAUCAUUAAGUAAUAAUCAUGACGAUGUUGAUCAUUCAAAUGCAACAGGAGCCAUCAGUUCUUUUAAACCUUCAGCUGAAAAUGUUACAAAUAAUGACUCUUCUACUGCAUACAUUACAUCUUUGAAUAAUACUGUAGAUUCUCUAAAAACUAAUUUAUCUUAUUCUACUCAUUCAGAAAUAACAGUAGUCAAUGAAACAAGUCUUGCCAAGGAAAUAACAACAAAAUUAUCUCCAAAGAAUGAUAUUUUUCACCAAAUAUCUUGUGUUCCUACUUCUAUUAUUUUCACUCAAUCAACAUCAUCUGUCUCACCACAUGAUUCAGUCUCUUUCAGUUCAGUAUGUACAUUUCCUAAAUUAAUUAAUUCUCCCCUAAUUCUUGACAAUAAACCUGUAAACUAUAAAGCUUGCGAAAAAUCACCUGAAACUGUCAUUCAAGUAGAUCAUACAGUUCCACGUCAAACAUGCUUGAGUAAUGUAAAACCGAUGACAUCUAUAUCGUCUUCAAUGUCAUUGAAUUCUCAACCGACUGAAGUACAUGAUAUUACUCGUUAUGUUCAAAGUGUUAUUGAACGAGUUAAGGCUGAACGUGUUGAAGAAAAUCAACAGGCAGCUGCGGCUGCUGCUCAUUGUCACCAUUCUACUCACCAUCCAGCUACCUCUUCAAUGUCGGUUCCUACAUCAACGUUAUCGACUACAUCCAUGAAUCAAACACCUAAAGUUUACAACGAACAAAAUACUUUGCCUGGAAUGGCUUCACCUCAUAAUAGGCGAUCAUACAGUGGUCAACGCCGUUCACUCCUUGUUACUGUAAGUACAUGUUCUCCAUCAAAAACUAAUUCUUCGUCUAGAUCUGCGAAGUUAGUAAGUCCUAAUGCACAUAUGUCUGGUCAUCCUGUUGCGACGUGCAGUGUUGAUUUACCAAGUGUUCAUGUCCCAAAUCCAACUAUACCCUGUACAUCUGGUUUACUUCAUCCUAAAAUAUCUUCUGAUCUACAACUACCCUCUAUUCCGGGAGUCAAUGCUUGUGCACCCCUCAAUUUACCUGUUGGUCAGGUGAAUAGCACUCGUGUAACAAGGCAAUCAUGUGGUACGCUCGACGGUUCACAAACAUCUUUAAAGCGAUCUGAUAUUUGUCAUAGCAAUUUAGAUACAUCUACUGCAUUACCCGUUAAUCAUGCAAGUCGUCGUCAAAGACGUUCUGAAAGUAAGGCAAUAUCAAACACUGUUCCUGUGUUAAACGAUACCACUGUGUUUUCAUUUUCAACACCUACGGUUUUAACAUCUUCAACUGUAGUUAAUCCGACUUUAAUUCCCGUUUCUUGUGCUCCAUCAACUCUAUCUACUAAAUCAACGGAACCUAUUAUUCCAAGUCAUUCUGUGAUAACGACAAGUUGUUCCCAAAUUGCGCAUAGUGGUGCAACGUUGUCUUCGGCUGAUUGUGUACAAAAAAUGAAAAGCUGUAAUAUUCACACAUCUGUUGAUCCUUAUGAACCGAAUUUUGAUGAAGAAUCACCAGUUGGUUUCAAUCCAGCUCAGUUACAUCAUCAUCGAUCAUCUCCGUCAUUAUGUCCAUCUCCUACUUCCACUCACCAAACUCGUAAAACGCCUUGUACUACAGCUGAAAACAUGACUACCACAAAUUUUCAAUCUCUUCCUUCUACAACUGUGGUGGUUGCCUCGUCAUCACCAAUUAACUCAUCACCAGGACUUGUAGUGUUAGAUACGAAAUCUAUCAGACAUCCUGAGAUAAUUUCAUGCACCACUACUGCUCCAUUAUCUGUAUCUGAAUCUUCCGUGUUGAAUGUACCACCGGCCACUUUCUGUGUUACUUCUAGCCAGUCUGUUGAUACAGUAGAUGAAGUGAUUAGUGAUGUAUGUGCUGGUCAUUUUGAUGUUCAGAGUUAUCUCAAAAAUUGGUCAUGUAAUACUGUUAGUAGUCCUGCUACUACCACGAUCGGAACAACUAUUAGUACAAGUAAUAUUCAAUCAUCUAAAAUUUCCGUCAACAAUCCAUUACCACAUGAAUCUAUAUCGUUACCUAGUAUUUUAACCAGUAUAUCAACGUGUACUCCAACCAUUACUACUACUACUGCUGCUACUAUUGCUACUACUUUCCCUACUAUAAGUAUUACAACUAGCCAGUCAUUACAAACGGUUAAUUCAACAAUAGUAACUAAUAUAUCAAAUACCCCAACAGGAAUACCAUUUUCUCUUCCUAUAACUAGUGAACCAAUUGUAGCCGCUGUUACAAUCCCGACUGGAAAAACUAGUAAUUUAGGCAAGAAUGAUUCAAGAAAUCCUAUCAAUAUUGGAACAGGAAGUGCAGUUCUCAAUACUCUUCUUGCUGCUUUACAACUUAUACCAGGUAGUCAAGUAACAGUGACUGGUCCAGCGGCAGCAGCUGGAGUUGUUGGUAAUAAUAAUUCACGUACAAUUUCUGCAGCCACUAUUACACUACCUGUGAAUGCAGCUCAACAGGCUGCUGCUAAUAUAAAGGCGGCUGUUUUAUCUGUCACAAAUCCGAACAAUAAUCAGGGGAAAGCAGCUAACAUUACCUGGAACCAACAAGAUUCAUUGAAUAUAAACAAAAACACGACUGAAUCUACUCACAAUGAAACUAAAGUUUCACAUGGAAUUUUUACUCCACCAGUUUGUGUAACCUCAGCAAAUUUAACCAAUACUGCACAUAAUAAUCGUUUAACUACUGCUACUCAUCAACUCAAUACUACACCAGUAGUUUCCACGUGUUCAGUCGCUCAGUUACCGUUUAAUAAUAACAUCUACGUAAACAGUAAUAUAAACAAUACAUCUUAUCAACAUCCUAAGAUAUUGCAAUCUGGUUGCACAAUGAGUGAAUCAGUCACUGCGAUUACAACAACAACGUCUCAACUUUAUCCUUUACAAACGGCAAUGGAGUCUGCACCCGUGAGACCACAUUUGGCAUCGGCUACUACAGUUACCAAUAGUACUAUUGCUAGUAAUAGUAAUAGUAUUAGUACUACAUGCGAUCAAUUAUUGAAUAGUGCGCCCGUAUUCGCUUCGUGUGGUAAAUACACUAGUGUUACCCCGACACCAAUUUCACAACAUUCCUCUUUGGUGUCUCAUUCUCAACAAAAUAAUAACAUAUGCACAACAAAACAAUCAUUCGUUCCACCUUCAUCACCAAUCGUAACUAACGGUACUAGUCAUCCUCAGAUUACUUCAAGAACUGUCUCAAAUGCGCCACCUCCACCUACAUCACCAGUUGUACUUGGUCGAAAUUCUGCUGUUUCACCGUUAGCCAAUCCUGUUUUGCAAACAUUAAUCGAUCGGCUAGGUGGUAAUGUUGAACCUUCUGUUGCUAUUGCACUAUUCCAUGCAGCUCUUAAUGGUUCUAAUAUGAGACGUAACCUUAAUGAUAAUACAACCGAUACACAAGUUAAUCCUUAUUUAAGACAUGUAGCUCAACAGUUUCUUGAUAAUCGGGGUUGUAGUGGUCCUGUCAAACCAUCGAUUCCAAUCAGUCAUUCUGAAUCUCAAGUUCACUCAGCUAGUAGUAUAUGUGCCAAAAGUUUGUCUCCAUCGCUAACUAUGCAGCAUAUUCCUGUGACUAAUAUCACUUACAGUUCAAGUCCUCAUCGACCUCCAGCUUCGGGACUUCCUUUCGUUUCUCCUGUACUAAUCAAUCCUGUAGAUCCUGACAUAAUUCAAGUUGAUCCUAGUAGCAAUAAUAUUAUAUCUCCACCGGUUGUCUCAUCUCGUCUUCCAGGAUCGGACCCACCUCCAAUAAAUAAUAUUACUACUAAUUCUGAUGCCCAAUCUUGGAACACGCUUGGUUCAUCCUAUCCUUUAGUUUGGCAAGGUCGUUUAUCUUUGAAAAACAUGGAAACUCGUGUCGCUCUACAUUUUGUUCAAGGAAAUCAUAAUUUACUUAAUGCUUGUAUGACGUUACUAGCUUCUGGAGGCGGUGGUCAACCACAAUUCUCCUUAAUCACAAGUGGUGGACCUUUACGUAUAGUUCAAAGAAUGCGAUUGGAACCAGCACAACUAGAAGGUGUUCAACGUAAACUUAAUCAAGAAGGUGCUUCAUGUGCUUGUCUAGCGCUUCCUGCUGGCAGUAGUCCUGUUGAGUUAGCACAACAAACUCAAAUAUUAAAUGAAAAUUUCAUUCGUUACAUGCAAGAGAAAAUGGCUGCUGGUAUUAUCAACGUCGGGCAUCCAGAUUAUCAACAAGUAGGUUGAGUUUGAUUUAUUUCAUUAGUUAUUCAUUUCACAGAUUGAUACCCUGUCUUCGCUAUGUCACUCGUAGCUUCCCUUUAAACUACUCCUUCAUUAGUUAACCACUGAGCAGCAAAUUAGUUCCUAGUUGGUUAUACAGUAAAAUAAAUCUGAACCACCUCACAUGAUGACCAAAUGAUUUUUUCUUAUUUGCCUAAUACUCUGUCUAACCUCUCAACGUACACAAGCAAAACUUCAAAGACACUUGUAAUCAAAUGCUCUAAUUUUAAUGGAUAUGUUUUGCAAAUCGAUGAGUAUAAUACACCGUCAACUUCUAUAUUGUAAUCUCAACCUACUCGUCCUUUUUUUAAAAUAAAAAACUACCUUGCUCCGAUGAUUAUCAACCUGUAUUGAACAAGUACCAUAGGGAAACUGCCUUUUUAUUAAAAAAUAAACUGUAUAUUUGUUUAUUCUAAUUCAAUAGAAUAAUCUUGAAUAUCCUUUAUAUUAGUAAUAGUAAUAAUUGGCAUUUCAAAUUCUCGUUUCUUUUCUCUCCUUUCUUUUUAACUAAUCUAAUCAUGAAAAAUACUACUGCUGUAUCUCGUCGGUAUACCAUUAACCAAUUUAUCAACUUAUUUAUUGAUUUACUAAAGGCACAUGAUAACGAUAAGGCUAUAGGGCGAUUACUUGAAUAGGAUGAAAGAGGAGGAGAUAGGGUUUUAUUAUUUCUAUUUUCACUAUUCAUUAUUCUUUUUUGUUAUGGUCGUUUUGCCCAUUUACAUCUGCCCGGGCAAAUUGUAUCGAUCGAUAAGAUACUGAUCUUUUUGGCCUAUAUAUAUACACUGGCAUCAUAUAACCAUUAACCAUUGUCUCUACUAAUCCAUUUAUGGACUGAAUAAAAUCGAUCAUAUAUUGAUGCAGUCUGACCUAUGCUGAUUUGUGAUUGGUCGAAUUUUAAUUCAUUUAUUUGUUCGUAUUUUAUUCACCAUGUAACAAGAGACAGAAAAAAAAAAUUACAGCCUAGGUUAGACACGACUGGCCUAAAAUAAAUUCUUUUUUCUAAUCUUUGCCUCUUUUUAACGUCUCUCUCUCUCUCACACACACACACACACACUAUAUUUUCUUCCUGUCUCAGCAAUCGUUUGUGUUGUGUACAAAGAGAAGAGAUGUUGAAAAAAAAACUGCUUUGUUUUCAAUGUUCUUUUGUUGGACUAAAUUAGAAUUGUUAUUAUUAUUAUUAUUAUUAUUAUUCAGUCCAGACCAUUGAUGAUGAAGAUGAUGAUCAUAUAUUAGGCGAAUAAUCUUGAAGCUUGCUGUUUGUUCGUUUGUUUGUUUGUAAAACAAGAUUGAAAGAGGUGAAUGAUGAUGAAAUUGUGUCUAAAAUGGAAGAAUUCUAUAGAUUUUUAUUAAAUAGUUUUCUUAAAUAUUUUAUUGAAAACUAGUAAAAAAAAACACUUGGUAUAGAGAUGAUGAUAUUUAAUUACGUUGUAUAGUUUAAAAUGAAUAGACUGUUUUCUGCUUCUCAGUUCAUGUCAACACUUAUCUUCAUAUGCAAAUACUCUUACUUUAUACUGUUCAUCUGAACCUUGUUGUGACAGGUUUGGAUCUUGAUGUUUACCAUAACCAAUGUUUGGGUAUCUAGAUGACAUGGUAUAGAAUAGCUCGAAAUGUUCCACAUACAUUCAUUCUUUCGUAUCAAAUCAUAUUGUCUAUGUUUAGUGGUUUAUAAUAUCACUAAUAUUGUUAUUAUUUCUCAGUCAGUCAGUUACAACGUAGGACCAGGCACAUAUAUCCAUCGGUCCAAGUUUCCAUACCUCAUUAGCACAAGAUGAACACCAAAUUCAUGGAAGUAGUUAAUUCAAUGGUGGAUUGCAUAUAAGGAUAUAGUACAGGAAGAAAGAAAGAUAUAAAGCAAUUUUAAUCUUAUAGUUUAAAGGAAGGCAGAGUUUAUACACCCACGCUAUUGUGAUGAUCGAUUAUGAACCAUGUCACCCAGAGUCUCCAACCAUUGGUUACGAUAGUCAAUUGAACCUUAACCAAGUAGUCUGCAUCUACCAACAUGUCUCAGACUAGAGGUUAGCGAUUUCAAGCACUGAUGCCACGUUUUGGUUUAGCCACCCAUAACUUUCUUCCAACUAGUCAGCAUUGUGCGUCGUGGUAAUCGGUGUUCAGGCAUACGUAACACGUGGCCCAACCAUCGUAGUCGAUUGUUAUUAUUUCUGCGACGAAUAAUUGCUUGUGGCUUUUCUGAUUUUAUGUAACAAUAUGAACUUAUGCUUAUAUGUAACAGCUUUUGAUGACAAGUGAAAAAGAUUGAAUGAAAGAAAUAACUUUCUAUCCUUCAUACUUUUUUAUAUCAGUAGGUUGCAGAUUCAAAUGUUGCUUAGUCGAUUUUUAAUGAAGCUUUACAUAUUGUACUUCGUUUUUUACUUCUUUCGUAAAGUUUUUUUAAUACACUUUAUUAACAUUCCAUAAUAUAAUGACUGUAUGUUUCUGUCAUAUAUUUAUAUACAUAUAGGGACUUUAUGUUGUGCAUAUUUUUCCACCAUGCGAUUUCUCCCAUGCACAACUUGGCCUAGCUGCUCCGGAUCUUCAUAGACGUGUUGUACAGGCGAAUCAAUCUCAUUUACUAGUUGUUAUAACAACAGUUUAAAUGAAUGUCUCAUCUAAUCAUCAAACGUAUUUUAUUGGAUAAUAUGUAUACUAUAACUUCAUUUUUAUGAAAUUUGUUGAAUAAUUUAUUGUCAGUUCUUCACACUCAUACAUAUAAAAUUUCAUUGCACACACACCGGUGAGGCACUCGUGUUCAUGCAUAAUCCUUUUUUGUGAACUAACAAACAAAGAAGAACUCUGCUAUUGGAUUCUGAAAUUUCUUGAUAUGUGGAAUUCCUGUCUGGGCCUAAUUCGAGAGAAAACACAUCCAUACAUAUGGGCAGCAUCAUCGUUUAAUAUAUAUCUUUUUUCUUUCAAAUCUACAUUCUUUUAAAGAAAUACACAACAUAAACUGCAAGAAUAAGAUUAUUAAAAUGUUUAUUGUGUAUCCUGUUUCGUCCUUUUUUUAUUGAUUCAGUUCAUUUCCAUUUUUAAACCAUUCUACUGCACUGUACAGUUGUGUAUACGUAUUUCCUUCUAUCUAUCUAUCUAUCUCUCUGUUUAUAUCUUUUUCUCUGUCUACUAUAUUAACUGUUGCUUUUCAUUACUUUAUGCACCUAGUUACUGCAUAGUUUGUUUCUUUAAAAAAAUUUCAGGGUAUAAGUUGUGUUACAUCGUUUAUCAUCCAUACCCCAUUUACAUAUUUCUUUCUUCACUAUUAUUCGCCUAGAGAACACGAGUUUUAUUUAUUCUAAAUUAACCUUUAGUCAUGUAAAACACAUAUACACACGGGUACAACCGAAUACACAUACAGUUGGCGCCCUUGUUUACUAUUUAUGUGCAAUAAUUCCUGUUUAUAAUUAGAUUGUGUUCGUUUCCCUUCGUGAUUGUUUGUAUCCAGUAUCAUAUUUAUAUGUAUAUACAUAUAGAUGAAUAAAUAUAGGCAUCUAUAUGUGUGAGUGGUUGUACUCCUUUGUUUUUACAUCCCGGUGGUCAUUUGUCUUAGUAUCUUAUUGCUGUUACAUGGGUUAUGUUACUAUCCCGUAUUUAAUGAAACGUUACUUCAACAUUAAGUCGUGAUUAUUAUUAUUAUCACUUUUGUUACCGUUAUUAAAUCAGUGCUAUUCGUCUCAAUGUUAUCAGUUUGAUCCAUCCAAUGUUAUUUAAAAGAGUAUAAAAACUAAUGGCUUUUUUUAAAAUCACUACACAUCAACUAAACCUGUUCUCUGAGGAUGAUUCUACCUAAUACUACUACUACUACCACUGCUGCUGAUAUUGUGCUGUUAAUAUUCACCAUUGUUACUACUGAAGUAUUAUUUUCACCAUCAGUGAUAACGACGACGGCUGCACAGAUUUAUUAUCGUUGCUUCACUUCUUGUCAGUUCUCCAUCAAAUAACACUACAUUGUACAUUAAUAACUAUUAUCGUAUCGUGAUAAUCACAAUAUAAAAUCUUCUUACGACUAUUUAUUAUCAAUAUUAUUCUCACUAAUAUUCGUCAUUACCAACAUCAACAUCCAUUUCAGUGAUCCUAAUUGAAGAUGCAAAAAUUCAACUUACUUAAACAAAUAACGUUUGCGUGUGUACAGUUAUGGAAAUGUCGCUUGUUUAUUUGUAUUUCUUGUUUCUUGUUGUAUCACUCCUUAUUUGAUUUACUCUAUUCACAUUUUCAUUAGUAAAUAAGAACAAACAUGUCCGUGUGUGUAUACAAUGAGUUUAUAUGAGCAUAAAUGUAACUGUGUGUGUCCCUAGUGGUUCCCUGUACAUUAUUUAUUUGCUAUAUUGAUCGAUUCCUCGUGUUACUUGCUCCACUCUAGCUUGAAUGCUGUUUACUACUACUACCAUUACUAUUAACUCCUUUAUGCAGACAACACUUGUACACACAGUUAUUAUAUAUAUGCAUAUUCUUUUCCUUGCAACUUUUACAUUAGAAACACGAAUAUAUAUAUAUAUAUAUAUCCAGUAAUUGUAGAUUAUCUUUUUUGUUUUAUUAGGUGGUUACUUACGUGUGAUUUUUUAAGAAAAUACGAUCGAUUGCCAGAGUAUAUAUUUCUUUUCCCCAGUAUAUAUAUA